AUGAAGUUUGAAGAUCUUCUCUUAGAGAUAAAUGGCUUUGGAAGGUUCCAGAAGAUGAUCCUUUGCCUUAGCUUCGUGGGGCGUUUGACCUUACCAUGUCACUUCCUGGUAAACAACUUCAUUGCGAGUAUCCCACCCCACCACUGUGACAUCAGCGGUCUGGAUGCUGCGGGCGUCUUUGGGAAUCUGUCGGUGGAGGAGAGACGGACGGUCAGUAUCCCGAUGCAGGCGGAUGGGACGCUGUCUUCCUGCCUCAUGUUCCCAGAGCCCCAGUUCUACCUGCUGCUCAACACCUCCAGCAGCACCGGACUUCCUGCAGAACCGUGUAGAAAUGGAUGGGUGUACGACAACAGCACCUUCACAAGCACACCGGCCACUGAGUUGGAUUUGGUGUGUGAGAAGAAAGGGUUGAAUAAAGCCACUGCCACCAUCUUCUUUGUGGGGGUCAUGUUUGGAGCCGUGACCUUUGGUGGUCUGAGUGACAGGUUUGGUCGCAGGAUAAUGCUUCUGGUGUCGUACGUGUCUGGGAUGAGCUUUGCGCUGAUCAGCGUUUUCUCCACCUCCUACAUCAUGUUCGCUGUGCUCAGGUUCCUGAGUGGCUUCUGCAUCACAGGCAUCGUCAUUGUCACCUCCGUGCUCAAACAGCGGACGGUGAGAACAGUAGUAGCGGUGCUCGGUAAGGGGUGUUCGGCGGCCUCUUUUGACACCCUUGUUCUGUACAGCUCGGAGCUCUACCCAACCGCAAAAUGGCAUAAUGGCAUGGGCUAUAACUCAUUCAUGGGUUGUGUGGGGGUGGCGAUGGCCCCCCUGAUCCUGCUGUUGGAUGACGUGUGGAUGGGCCUUCCUCAGGUCAUCCUGUUCUGCAUUGCACUGGGGUCCAGUUUAGUGGCCAGCCAACUGCCUGAAACACGAGGCCGAUGCCUGCCUGAGACCAUCGAAGACAUCGAGGGAACAAGAGCAUCACAGGUGGAAUCCCCCGUCCUCUCUCAGGAGAAUGAAGAGAAUGAAGUGGAAGGAUGA